AUGCGCUUUCGAAGAGUUAACUCAAAAAGUUCUUCACUUAAUCAUUCAGACGCAUCAACAAUAUUACAGGAAGAACAAAAAUCUAUUGCACAAAAGAUGGACAUUCUUUCGAGACCAGCUGACGAAUUUGGAAAUGAUACACUUUUAGAGGAGUUGUGGGCAAAAAAGGCAUUUGAACACAGUGAAACACACUUUAACUUGCUCAUUUCACUGGAUCCAAGAAGUCUAAAAUUGACGCCUUUUGAUGAUCAGAUCUACAAGAUAUUUCGAGAGGAUUUUCCAAACUUUCGUGUUAAUUAUAUUGACGAAAAUGAGUUGAAAAGUGAUGCCUCAAAACUAAAGUGGAGAAGCUUUAUUGAAAAAUUUGAUAAAAUUGAAGAUUUCUCGUUCGGGACAUUACUUAGAGUAGAUUCAUCCAAGGACUUUUCACCUGAGAACGCAAUACUCGUCGUAAGAAUACAGUUCCUGGCUAUAGAAAUUGCUCGAAAUCGUGAAGGAUUCAAUGAUAAUCUAAGGAAGGAUUAUGCCAAGAAAUAUGCUGCAAUUAAUGCCGAGAAUAAUAAAGCUGAAAUUAAUUCAUAG